AUGUCUCCAUCUCGAAACCAAACUUCGGAUGAUGCUGCAGCAUCUACAGCAGAAGCCAACGUGAGCAACCCUACCACAGCAUCGGCGACUCAGAAUCAGCCAGCAGAUACUCAGGCUCAGCCAGCGCAACGCCGCCGCCACCACAUCCGUCGUCGAGAACGCAUCUCUCAAGAGCAGUUCUUGAUGAUGACGGCCGAGGCCGCAGCCCGGCGUCAGAACGCCCAGGGCGGCACAACGACGGCCGCGGCCCCCGGAUCGAGCGCCAGCACCAACACCAACCCGGUGAACCGAUCCUCCGUCGCCGGCAUGCCUAUGCCAUACGAUCCGUUUACCGACGAGUACUGGUACAACGUACACAACCAGGCGUUGCGUGCGGAACAGGCGAGCCUCCAGCGGCGACGGACCGUGGACGAGCGCGUCAACGAGGCCCGGGGCGCUUACAACGGCCUGACGAAUAUAUUGCACCGACUGCGGAGCAAUAACAACAGUCCGGAGCCAAAAUAG